UAGCAAAUUCUUUGCUGACCUGCAGCUGAGAAAUGCAAAACUAAUAAUUGAUGGAAAUAACUUGUAUCAUCACCUUUACUUUGCCUCAAAUCCGGACAUCCAACAUCCACCAAUCACCAUUAAAGAGUGAUGGAAGGCAGUUUCAAGCGAAGAAUGAGAAACGCUAUGAAGCAUCUCCAAGAAGAGGAAGAACUAUCAAGACUUCCCAAAGUAACAACUUCAGAGGCAGAAAGGAGACAUACUGAGCCUUAUGCAUCAAGGCACUGCCAAUUUUCCAAGCAUCUGGAAGAUAUCCCCACACCUGGGCUCCGUGAGGAAGAAGCAGAUCGUGAUUUACAUUUCACCAAACGUUGCCACCAGGAAGAACAACUUGCAAUAAUGCAAAGACGUUUGUGGGAACAAAGCAGACUGAUUGAGGCUCUUCAGACGAAAAUAAAAUGUCUGCAAGAGGAGCUAAAGGCAAAGGACCUGGAUUUUAUAAAGACGAUAAUUUCAAAUCUCUUGUUGGACAGAGAAAAGCUCGACCAUGAGAACAAAGAGCUUGUGAGAAUAUGUGGACAUUUUGAGGAAGAACUGAGUAGACAGCAGAGGGUAAUUUGUGACCUGUUGUCAGACAGAGAUAAGCUCCAACGUGAGAACAAGGAGCUUGUAGGAAUCAAUCUCCAACUGCAAGGACAGAAACAGGAACUCUGUGAAUAUUUUGAUGAGCAACUGAGCAGAGAGAGAAAACUGAGAAAAGACUGCUCUAGGUCGCUGAUGGAUAGAGACCAGUUAAUAUCACUUUUGUGCACAAGAGAGCACAAAAGAUGCGUUGUGAGUGUGUGGCAAACAAAGCCAGAAGAUAAGAAAGAAGAUCUGGAAGAAAUGAAACCUCAAUUCCUGGAAAGCACACUAAAGAAGGACUGGCUUAAAGCUUCUAUAGACAACCUGAAAACCAAAAAGUCCGAAGAAUCCAGGCAAAAUGUACUAGGGUGGCUUCAGGAAUCUCUAAAAAACCUAAAUGAAGUUUCUAAUAAAGCAUCAAGACCCAGCCUGGCAGAAUGGCUUAAAGGAUCUCUGAUAAAUCUUCAGAAGCAAUCUCCUGAAACAUUCAGGGAAGAUGUGAACAGUUGGCUGGAUGUGUCCUUAAAUCAACUCCAGGAAGAAGGUCCAGAAACAUCCCAUCUGAAUGUGCAGGAAUGGCUUGAGGCCUCUAUCCAAGGCAUUCAAGAUCUUCAAAAGUCCGAGACGGAGCCUCGAAGCAGCUUAAGAAAAGAAUGGCUUGAAAAACCAAUAGAGAACCUCAAGCGAAAUUCUGAAGGAUCUGUGGAGAAUACAUUGAAAUGGCUUCAAGAAUCCUUCAAAGGACUCUCAUCUUCUACUGAACCUAAACCUGCUCUCAAAAAAUGGCUUCAAGAUUCCUUGAAAAACCUGGAAGAGGAAAGUUCUGGAGUAAACAAUCAAGAUGUCAAAGAAUGGCUUCAAACAACUCUAAACAACCUUGAAGAAGGAGGACCUGAAGCAUCCCCUGUAGGUACCCAGGAAUGGCUGGAAGCAUCUAUUAAAAGCAUUAAGCAUCUACAAAAGCCUAGAGUAACUUUUCGAGGAAACCUAAGGAAGGAAUGGCUUGAAAAAUCAAUAGAGAACCUCAAGAAGCAAUCUUCUGAAGGACCUGUAGACAAUAUAUUGCCAUGGCUUCAAAGAUCCUUAGAAAGACUCUCGUCUUCUACUGAACCUCAACCAGUUCUAGAAAAAUGGCUUCAAGAUUCCUUGACAAACUUGGAAGAUGAAAGUUCUGAAGUAGACAAUCAAGAUGUCAAAGAAUGGCUCCAAACAACUGUAAAUAACCUUGAAGAGGAGGGACCUGAAGCAUCCCCUGUGGGGACCCAGGAAUGGCUGGAAGCAUCUAUUAAAGGCAUUAAGCAUCUACAAAAGCCUAGAGUAACUUUUCGAGGAAGCCUAAGGAAAGAAUGGCUUGAAAAAUCAAUAGAGAACCUCAAGAAGCAAUCUUCUGAAGGACCGGUGGACAAUAUAUUGCCAUGGCUUCAAAGAUCCUUAGAAAGACUCUCGUCUUCUACUGAACCUCAACCAGUUCUAGAAAAAUGGCUUCAAGAUUCCUUGAAAAACCUGGAAGAGGAACGUUCUGAAGUAGACAAUCAAGAUGUCAAAGAAUGGCUCCAAACAACUGUAAAUAACCUUGAAGAGGAGGGACCUGAAGCAUCCCAUCUUGGUACUCAGGAAUGGCUGGAAGCAUCUAUUAAGGGCAUCCAGGAUUUGGAUGAACAAUACUCUAAAGGAAGAAGAGCAAGUGUGGAAGAGAGCAGGGAGAUAAUAAUUCAGCUAGAACCUGCCCCCUCCGAAAAAAGCUUAAGGAAUGGAUGGCUCCAAGCCUCUUUAGCAAAUUCCAGAGAGAUUGGGUCUACUGCAUCCAGAACAGGAUUGCAAGGAUGGCUACGAGCAUCUCUGGGAAAACUCAGACGAGAACCCCCGGACACAGCCAGAAACAACCUGGAGGAAUGGCUCCAAGAAGCCAUACAAAAUGUUCAGGAAGGAUGUCCAGAGGAAUCCAGGCAAUAUGUGAAGGAGUGGCUUGCGAUAGCCCUAAAUCACCUCGAAGAGGGAGUGCCUGAAACACCACAUCUGACCGUGGAAGAAUGGCUGAAAACAUCUAUCCAAGGUCUACAGGAUGAAAUAUUUAAAGAGAUGACAGGAAGGAAAGAUCCUGAAGUGGGGAGGAGAAAAGUACCUCUCUCCAAAGGAAUUCCUUCUCAAGGAAAACAGAUUGUAAGGAAGAACCUAGGAAAGGAGAGCUCUUGGUGCAGAAAAAGGCAGGGACAAAUCUUGAAGACCAUUGGAGUCAUCAUCCUUCUGGUGGUGUUCCUAUUUGCUAUCUAUGUACAUUUGAGGCUGUACUGCGUGUUGAGUAAAUGGAGCCUCAGACCUUACUAACUUUUUGCAGGACGAGGAAGAAAAGAAAAAGCUCUCGUUGUUAUUAGAGCCAUGUCACCGUUGAUGCUACCCAGUCGGAUAAUGAAACAUCCGUAAGCAAGAACCAGGUUCAGAGAACACGAAAGGGCUCCACAGUUCAAUCCUGAGCCACAGAGAUUAUUUUAUAUUCCAUAUUCUCCUGCAAAUACAAUUUUUUUUAAAAAAAAAAAAAUUGCAUAGUGUUUCCUAUGUGGCAAGUUAAUGGUGCUCUUUCAUUUUUCUUUCAACAAUAAUUGUAAUGAUUAAAUACUGAUUUAA